UCUAAAAUUGCAAUCCUUCCAUACUCUUGUCGAAGACAUUGUGCGACGAACUAUUACUAGCACGCAAUACGCUGCAAUCCCUCCUUAAGCUUGUAGAAGCCAUUGUGCGAAAAGUAUCACUACUGUACUCGACAAUUGCAAUCCUUCCCUAGUCUUGUCAAAGACAUUGUGCGAUGAGUUAUUACUAGCAUAGAGCUGUUGACUUCCUUCAGCUACCUAUAAAGGUGUCCUAUGUCCUCAUCUGCUGAACACAAAACAUCUCAUUCUCUAUUCACCAAAGCACCAGUACCUCCACAAGCAUUUGUCAAUCACAAACCAAGUAUCUUCUUCAUUUCCACGAGUUUAUCUACAUUCUCACUCAACCAAGUCACCAUGCGUUACUUCCUCGCCCUCGCUCUCGCCAUGGCCACCGCGGUCAUCGCCGCUCCCGCCCCGCAAUCAGGGCGCGAGAUCAACAAACGCCAGGAUAUAGACUGGGCGUGGUGUGUCCUGAGCACGGCGAACUGGGACACUUGCUGCGCCGAAUAUCCAGAUCAGUGCGAGGGCAGCCCAUUCCCGAUUUGCAUUGAGGAUGAUAAUGGGGAUGAGAUCUGUCCGUAGGCCUCAGGAUCUUUGAUAUUUUGCUAGAGGUUUGGUGCCGAAGAAGCUUCCUCUAGUUGUUUUGUCUUGGAAUUCUGUUGUAUGUUGCUUAUUGGAGAGAAAUACAAAC